ACGUAUAGCACAUUGGACUUCAUUCACAGUUAUAAAGAUCAGUGAAUCGUUAUGUUACCGCCAUGUGACAGUUAUCUGUAUAUGUAGGACUCUGCUAUUAAAGUCCCGUCUUCUAUCUUGAAAACCAACAACACUUAAGCACGAGGAGGCAACGGUAACGCUUCAUUAAUCACCACUUCCGCUUCUGUUUAGCUUAAACUAUACGAGUUCAUUUUAGGUGACAACCUGUGGUACAGGUACAGUCGGACGAUUGCUGUUGAACUGCUCAACUCCACAUACACUUGUGUUUAAUAUGGUCUACAACAAAGAGACUGGGUCCGAGCCUCGGAUCUACGGCUGUACCAGAACAGCUUCCGCACUUCUGUCCCACUGUAUCUGCAUCGGCUUCACUGUGUUCAUCGCAGUCCUGUCUCGACCGGGUACAAGUUGGUUUUCCUGGCAUCCUUUCUUCAUGACACUAGCUUUCUCCUUCUUCAUGACAGAAGCCAUACUUCUUUUCUCCCCCCAUGGCUCCCCGUUGAAAAGGUUCUCACACAAGACAAAAGGUCGUGUUCACGGGAUCCUGCAGGGCCUCUGUGCGUCCUGUGCAGUCCUGGGUCUGGCAGCCAUCUAUUAUAACAAACACCUGAACGGGAAACCCCACUUCACCUCGUGGCACGGUGUGCUGGGCCUGCUCACGGUGAGUGUGGUGGGGCUGCAGUCUCUGGCAGCAGUGCCUCUCAUCUACCACUCCCUGGCCAAAGGCUGGUCCCUCGCCAAACUCAAACGCUACCAUGCAGCAACUGGAAUGGUCACAUACCUGCUGGGCAGUGGCAGCCUGCUCCUCGGCCUCAGCUCUGCCUGGUUUACUGGAUCAGUGGGGGAAUACACCUGGUACCUGUCAGCACUCUGCUCGGCUCUCAAUGCCCUCGUCAUAAUGAACCAAGUGAGCAGCGCGUACACGGCUAAGAAACGGCUGCAGUCCUGACCGAAGACACUCAAAACACUCACUGAAUACUUGUGCAAGUUUUGUCCCGUAGAUUUCAUUACUCACAUAAAAUCAGUUUGGUUUCCAUGAAAGUUACAAAGGAACUGGUGUCUGCAGCUGCACGCCUCGUUGAAGGUUAUUAAGCACCAUGUGUCAAAUGUGGAUAAUUAAUUUUUCUUUUCUUGCUUUUUUUGGAUUACAUACACAGAACCAUUGAGAACACUUGAGGUCAAACAUUUGUUUUGUUCUUUCAAGGAUUUUGUUUAUUUUCUAGGUAAAAUGACACAAGGGAUUUAUUUUAUGACCAAAUACUUCCAAAAUUAAUGACAUUCCCAUCAGCCUCUGCUGUACUUUGAUUUUAACACCAAUUGUUAGCACGCUAAUAUGCUGAAUUAAACUGGUGAAUAUAAUACCUGAUAAAACUCAGAACCGCAUUUUGCAAAGCAGUGAGCUGCUAGCACGCCUGUAGAUUGUUUUAGAAAAAGGAUUAAAAUUUGUGCCUAAAAUACAUAAAUUAAAAUAAAGCGGUUCAUAUUCUCUACAGCAAACUGUGCAGUGUGAAGGUUUUAGACCAUCAUAUUGGGAGAUAUUUCUAAAACCCUUCCUAUCGCCUUGAAAGUGUUGAACUAUUGUAUCUCAGGUUGCUUAUCCUGCCUUUUGACUAUUUAUGUUGCAUGUUGUAAAUUAAAAGAAUUUGUAAAUGAUUCACAAUGCAAUAGAAGAUUGUUUUAUUGUUAAAAUAACAUUGAUAACACAGUCAUAUUCUGCUUCGAUCUAGGCUGCAUGUACGAAAUUCUUACUGAAUCAGCCGUCAAUGGGUCAAAGUGAACAAAACGUUAAAAAAAAAUGUAAUUACAACAAAGAAUGUAUUUUCCAUUAUAAAUAAAUUUCGGACGCUUACAUUGAAAUAAGGGAGACAACUGGCAAUAAGAAGUUAUAUAAAAAACAUUUGAAAAAACUGAAAUAUUUCCAUGAAAUAAAAAUGCACGUAAUUGACAAAUGGCAGACAGGUUUUUAUAAAUUGACGAUUCCCAAGAUUCAAAUGCAAAAGGUAUCCAACAGAUCAAAAAGACAUGGCGUCAAUAUGAUGUACCUCGUACAGUUCACAAGCAGAUAUGAUCCAUUAAGUACCAGCUCCACCUUUAAACCUGAAACAAACCAUCACAAGUUCCCCAAACAUGCUGAAAAAAACCUCCAUCUUCCUUGAUAGAAAUGAAGCGUUCAGAACAGGGAAAGAGCCAGUAGUAACAAAAAGUGAACAGUGGGAGCAAAAUCGAACUUCAUAGGGAAUGAUCAGUUGUCUCAGGUUAUCCAGUAUUUUCUAAAAAGUUAACAACCACUGCGUCUAACCUAUUUUACAGACAAAGGAGAAGGGCUUUCCUAAAUCGACAUACCUUGAGGUGUCAUCACAACACAGAGACACAAGGCUACAGAGUACAGCAAAGACCUAAACUCCCUAAAGCACCGCAGACCGACACUACUGACAGAAGCUACGUACACUGCACUGCUUUUACAGACGCUACCACGCGAUGGCACUGUAAUUUCGGUAAAGGCCACCGCACCACCGGACCUGGUUCUGCAACAGUCACAGGUGUUUGUAGGGAAAUGUUCGCUGUCUGUUUUGAUGGUUGGUGGCUACAUUGACUGAAGGUUUUAGACACUCAGGCUGCAUGAAUGCAAUGUUUCCUACAGUUUAGGUAACAUUUGUUCUCAUAAGAAAAUUAGGAUCAUCAAAUCUUCAUGUAGGGCUGUCUGAUGGUGGGGACACUUGAGUAAAAAAAACUGCAAAGAAAAGCGGCAACUGACCAACAUGAAAACUUGCUUUCUUCUCCUGUUGCCUUCCACACAACGCUGAAUCUGCCCAACACGUGUUUGGAGUUUCACACCGACUGUCUAAAUGCUCCGUAGUUCUUCCAACAGAUUUGUAAAAAGGAUGUACCAAGAUGAAUGCUCCAGACUCAAGACCCCUUUGUGUUAUUUAAGGCUAAAAAUGAAAGAACACAGUCCGAAUCCUCGUGUUAUGAAAGGCUAACAUGAAAGUACAUUCACUUUAGUUUUAAGGGGGAAAAAAAGAGGUAAAUUAUAAAGUUGAACAUAAAUUUGUUUCACUAGCAUCAAUGCGAGAGCGUGUUUAUCACCACGAUAGUCGCUGUAAUAACAAAACCAUCUCCCUCCAACCAAAAUCUACACAUUGCACAGUAUUGACUUGCAAUAUAAACAACGAUAAUGAUGUUAUUUACAAAGUAUCAACAUGUUCAGUUACAGUAUCACACAUACAGGGGAUGCUACAAUGUCUAUCAAAUUGCUAAAGACUAAAAUAUGCUCUGAAAGCCUAAGAUCUCUGUUGCUGAAGGUAAGCCUCCAAGGAUUUUCUCUAAAUAUAUAAUGAAGUGGAUUUUGACGAAUAUUAACACCACGCUCUGGAGCCACCGUGAGUUGUUUAUUGUGUUGCCUUCCGGUAUCGUUUAGUAGAAAAGGAAGAGUUGAUCAGUGCUCAGCAGGUGAGCACUGCUGACAGGUGAAACAGUUGGUCAAAUUUUGGUUUGCACUAGACCGUUUCACAGCAAUGUGGAUAAGACAAUCCAACAAGAAGCAGUCAUCACAUUAUUCCGUUUGAAUUCGGGGGAAAUAAAAGGAACAGCACUGAGAGGCCUCGCAGUGGAGGCUGUGCUUAGAAAGAGUCAGCUGGUCCCCGACAACAGUGGUCUGUUCCGACGCUCCAGCUGAACAACUCUGGGAUAUUCAGCAUAAGGAUUUGUUACUCUGACUUUGUAAAGUCAUUAAGGUACAAGUUGAUUCUCUCAGUUGCAGGUGAGAGUCUAUCCGUGUGUGUGUGUGUGUGUGUAGUUUAAUGAGACCAUUCGGAAUGGGAAUGCAGCUAAUUUGAUGAACAGCAAGGCCGAAACACAUUUCACUGAAUA